UGGACCGCGGCGCGGCUCGCAGAGGCUGCAGCCAUUGCACCGCGGAGCAUCCCACAUUCAACAGGAGGAGCCCGCGGGAGAGGAGCCCCGAGCCCCACGCGCCACAGCCACUGCAGCCCGUGCGCCCCGCGCCCCCGCGCGCCAUGGCCAAGGAAGGCGUGGAGAAGGCAGAGGAGACGGAGCAAAUGAUCGAGAAGGAGGCAGGCAAGGAGCCCGCGGAGGGCGGCGGCGGCGGCUCUCACCGCCUCGGGGACGCCCAGGAGAUGCGGGCCGUGGUGCUGGCCGGCUUCGGGGGACUCAACAAGCUGCGGGUCACCCGGAAGGCCAUGCCUGAGCCGCAGGACGGCGAGCUCAAGAUCCGCGUCAAAGCCUGUGGUUUAAACUUCCUCGACUUGAUGGUGCGACAAGGGAAUAUUGACAACCCUCCCAAGACUCCCCUGGUGCCAGGAUUUGAGUGCUCUGGGAUUGUCGAAGCUCUGGGGGACAGCGUUAAAGGAUUUGAGAUUGGGGACCGUGUCAUGGCAUUUGUCAAUUACAACGCUUGGGCAGAGGUGGUCUGCACUCCGGUGGACUUUGUCUACAAGAUCCCAGAGGACAUGAGCUUCUCUGAGGCUGCUGCCUUCCCCAUGAACUUUGUCACCGCCUACAUGAUGCUCUUUGAAGUUGCCAACCUCCGAGAAGGGAUGUCCGUGCUUGUACACUCGGCUGGCGGCGGCGUGGGCCAAGCUGUGGCUCAGCUGUGCUCCACUGUCCCCAAUGUGACUGUCUUUGGGACGGCUUCUACCUUCAAGCAUGAAGCCAUCAAAGACUCUGUGACCCACCUCUUUGACAGAAAUGCAGACUACGUGCAGGAAGUGAAAAGAAUCUCUGCAGAAGGAGUGGACAUUGUUUUGGAUUGCCUCUGUGGGGAUAACACUGGAAAAGGUCUCAGCCUUCUCAAACCACUGGGAACCUACAUUUUAUAUGGUUCGUCCAACAUGGUAACUGGAGAGACCAAGAGCUUCUUCAGCUUUGCAAAAUCAUGGUGGCAGGUGGAGAAGGUGAACCCCAUCAAGCUAUAUGAAGAGAACAAAGUCAUCGCUGGGUUUUCCCUUCUAAACCUACUCUUCAAACAGGGCCGGGCUGGCCUCAUUCGAGGAGUGGUGGACAAACUCAUUGGGCUCUACAACCAGAAGAAGGUCAAGCCCGUGGUGGACUCCCUGUGGGCCCUGGAGGAGGUGAAGGAGGCCAUGCAGCGGAUCCACGACCGAGGCAAUAUCGGCAAAUUAAUUCUGGAUGUAGAAAAGACCCCGACUCCACUGAUGGCCAAUGACAGCACGGAGACCAGCGAGGCAGGCGAAGAGGAAGAGGACCACGAGGGGGACGGCGAGAACAAAGAGAGGAUGCCUUUUAUCCAGUAAGCCCGGGACCCAGGCAGGAGGCUGUGAAGGAUGCUCUGGAGGAAGAGGAGCCGGCUGAGAAAACUCUUCCGUGCCCCCGUGAACAAAUGCUGUAGUCCAGUGCGUGUUGUGUUUGUCUGCAGUCAGCUGAGCUAAAAAGCUGUUGAUCACUGUUGUUUCUGAAAUUAAGUGCCAAGCCCACCCCGUGCAGUAUUACGUCCCUCCCACUCUGUGUGUUUCCCUGCCCCCGCCCCAUUUCCAAACCAUCCAUCCUUGGGUCCUCUACAGUUCUAGAACAGCCUUGCAAACUCAUCCCAGGCCACAGGUCCAAUGCUUAAGAGACCAGCCAGGGGCAAAGACAGGAUUGGACUGAAAGGUGUGAUCAGGGGGCGCCAUCCAGGUCCUAGAACUUUUUGCUGCCAGCCACCCAGGCUCCCAACAAGAGCACCUGCCAAUGUGGCUGGCAGAAAGAGGGCAGGCCAGGAGGUGGUGCCAUGAGCCAGUAAGUUUAAGAUCUCUUCAAGGAGUCCUUUCCUUCUUCCCAUUGAAGAGGCAACCUCCUGACAUUCAUUUGUUUCAUGGUCGAAAGGCUUCAGCCAUCCUUCUCUCAUCCUCUGAUGCUUGAUCCCUUCGCUGGUUCUUAACCAUAAACAUAGGGAAAGCAGUGUGGGUUUUUCAGGAUAGAAGAUGGGUCAACAGCAGAAGUGUGAGGACCAGCCACAGAGGUUCCGCCUCUGAAACCACAUCUCAUGAGCAGGCUCCUCUCUCCGCCUUAUGUAUUUCAUUUGAAUGUUAGGAAAAGGAGUUCCCGUCGUGGCGCAGUGGUUAACGAAUCCGACUAGGAACCAUGAGGUUGCGGGUUCGAUCCCUGCCCUUGCUCAGUGGGUUAAUGAUCCGGCGUUGCCAUGAGCUGUGGUGGGGGUUGCAGACACGGCUCGGAUCCCACGUUGCUGUGGCUCUGGUGUAGGCCGGUGGCUACAGCUCUGAUUGGACCCCUAGCCUGGGAACCUUCAUAUGCCACAGGAGCGGCCCAAGAAAUGGCAAAAAGCCAAAAAAAAAAAAAAAAAGAACGUUAGGAAAACUCACCAGGAGUGGGAUUAUUUCAGAAGUCAGCAUUGAGGCUUGCCUGUGUUCGUGCCAUGCUAUUGGCAUGGCGGAUGAGGCUAGUUUUGUUUCCUGGUACAGAACAGCCACCUGCACCUUGGACUCCCCCAAAGACCUCCUUUGGAGACCAUACUGGGGGGGGGGAAUCAGUGAGUACCUCUUUUUCUUGCCAAAGCACUCUCCAACCAGUAACAGACUCUAGUGAUACAAAAGGCUGAUGUGUCGUAGCUGAGGCCGAAGGCGCGCUCCUCUCCUCUGAGAUCUCAAAUUAUGGUGCAGACUUUUUGCAGGGCCCUGCUUGUUGGGAAUCAGGGACCAAACUACUUGCUGGCAUCCCCGUGAUUAACUUUCCAGCUCCCACACUCCGCCCCUGUGCCAUGUGACAUGACUUGAGGUGACCAGUUCCUCUGGAGGAAGAAAACGAGGCUCAGAGUCUCCACGGGGGAGUGGGUGGGGGGUGGGGGGUGGCUGGGGUCCCUCAUCCUCUCCUUCCGGUAUUGCUGUCCCAGAGGGUGGACGCCAUCACCACCAACGAGGCCAGAGACUCAACUGCACUCUGGAGGAUCUCCGAGGGUUCCUACAUUGCCCAGGCUCUCCACCAGUGAGUCUUAGGGUAGACCCCCCCCCCACUUCCCCCAGGGAUGGCAGUGAACGCAUUUCAGCGAUUGCCUCUUUUCCUCCCUCAGUCCGUUGGAAACAAAUGUCACCCCAUCACCCGUGUUCUGUUGUUUCCUAUCCUAAGCUUGUGCUGAUGACGGAUGCGUGCCAGGUAUGUAUCUGAAGGAGGUGUCUCCUCACUGUGAAGGUGCAUAUGAGCCGUGAAGACGGAGCAAAGCGUGUCUGCAAGGAAGACACUGACCUGAGGGUCCUUCCUCGUCCGGGACGCGCCAGCAUUGCCAUUUAGAAAGACCACAUGCAGGCUAUACACACCCUACCCACACACACCCCCAGCACUUUCACUAAAGGCUGUAUUAUUGGUCAUGUUUCUCCCAUAACCAAGCGGCCAAUGAGGUUCUUAAGAACCGCUAGCCAAGUGACAUUCCUGGUGAGCUGGACAGAGACGGCAUUUUUUUGGGCUGGGGGAACAAAAGACCCACUAGGCACAUCAGGGCUCUUCUCCAGGGGAGAGGGAAGGCUCCAUUCCGAACCCAGCUGACCUUCGUGAUGUCCAGAGGAUGAGCGUGAGAAGACAUUCUUCUCCAAAUCUGUUUUCUCAGCGAUAAGGUGAGGACAAUACUCUUAAGUUAGGCUGAAUAGUCCAAGAAAACCCUGUGUCUCCUUAGGAUGCAGAAGUAGAAGACACACUAGAGUCUGACCAAUAAGAUCAACUUAGGCCAUGAAGAAUAGGGAAAAAAAUAAAAUGUCCAAAUUAACCCUUCAACACAUUCUCCUUUGAAGCAUCGUCUUUGCUGUCACGUGGUUGGUUUUCUGAGGGAAGGGUCGAGAGUGUCUCAGGUUGCCUUAAAGGAACUGUGAAGGCUUCUCUGUAACUUCAGCUUGGUGGGAGUGAACGGAAACAUUGUCUCAUGUAUUUGUGGCUUUAGAGCUUUUGUUAUAUUGUGCCUACAAAGCAAAUUAUGUUUACAUAAAAAAUAUAAAUAAAGUAUUCAGCAUAGCAUAA